UGGCGGCGUAAGCUGGGUCGUAUAACUCCAACGAUCGGCGAAGUAUACUCAAUCGGCUAAAUUCAACAGAGCUAUGAAAAAUAGAAAUGAAACACCAAACGUCUUGAGAGAAUAAAUGUAACGAUAGAUGUAUGAAUGGAUCUGGUUUGGUUGGGAGACCAUGGCAUGAAAAUAAUUGCUAUUCAACAGAGCUAUGAAAGAUAAAAUGAAGCACAAAGACCUGAGAGAAUAAAUAUGAUGGAUGUAUGGAUGGAUCCGGUUCGGUUGGGAGACCAUGAAAAUCAUUGCUAUUCAACAAAGCUAUGAAAGAUAGAAAUGAAACACCAAAAGACUUGAGAGAAUAAAUAUAAUGAUGGAUGAUAAGUUCCAAUAUAACCAAGGAGCAGCGUGGCAGCGUCUUCAAACAAGUAUAGCCUAACUCUCCUGACGAAGGCCCUCAGGUCGAGACGUCGAGAAGUGCUUUUCUAUUUUGGCAGUUGUUAUACCACAUUUGAUGCUAUAAUGAUGGAUGUAUGGAAGGAUUCGGUUCGGUUGGGAGACCAUGGAAAAUAGUACCACGUGACGUAACAAGUUCGCGAGAAAGUGUUUAUUUCAACGAGAUAUUCGGGUUUGGUUUUCAAAGCUUUUCAAGCAUUAUUAUCGAUACCGUGUCGCGUGUUAUAGAAUACGGCAUAUUACAUGUACAUAUACAGGCGUUCGAGAAAUUUUUAUCUAUCGAGUAUGUUAAUCUUUAAACGUGUUCAACAGGUUUAUAAACAGGUCAUCCGGUCAGGUUUUCAUUGUUUUGAAAUGAGGAAGCACGCAAAAAUUUCUUUGACAAAAUAUUUAACUCUUUUAAUUUCGAAAACAAUCUCUCCUUUUAAGUUAAAAUGGAUACAUGACAAUUUUGAACAAAUCAAAUUUUAACUCGGUUAUUUGAAAUGCACGCAAUUACGGUGUCGGUUUCUUAGUAAAGCUGCGGUGAUUGUUCGCCUCUGUUGAGUUGUGAAAGCACAUAUACUCGAUCUUUUGUCCGUUUAUUACUUCUAACCAUUGCUGGGAUGAAAUGUUUAGUAUCGUCCGCAGACACGGAGUCAGAGGUGUUGGCAGAAUAUUGUUACUCCUACGCUUGCGACAUUCGAGAAGUUUCCAUAGAGAUGGGUAAAAAAUAAUCAUUGACCUUUCAGCCUGCAUGCCCGAUCCAAUAUUAUUUUAUCCAUAAUGUGAUAUUAUAUAAUGUGAUAUAAUUAUACCAUAACACACGUGAACGAAAAUUUUAUAUCAUAGGCGGCCCAAAUUUGCGUGAUAAAUUGAACGCGAGAAAUAUUUCCAUUAUUUCGGCAAGUAAAAAACUAUAAAUAUUUCAACUGGACGGUCACAGCAUGUCUGGGCCAAAGGAUUUAGAUAAACUAACCGCAAAUGAUCUUAAACAAACUAUUGUCAAUCCACAAAGCGAAAUCGACGCAAAAAAUGAAAUACUGAAACAAAUAUCAGAGCUGACAAGAAUUUGCAACAAGGUGAAUGAAUUUCAGCCCACGACAUCUUCCCGUGAUAUUGAAGCCGUGGCGAAUAUUCACGCCAGUUUGAAGGAGAAACUUGGUAUCGGCCCUCAAACGGCUUUGGAUAUCGAUACCGUUAAUUCUGGGGUUUCAAGAAACGAUUCCGACGCGGUUACCGAAAAAAAUACAGAGUUAGAGGAAGGCUCAGAGCCUGAUGCAAUUCGGGAACUCUAUGAAAUGGUUGUAAAAUUAUUGGAGGAAAUCGUGCAAAGUGCCCACUAUAUCAAUGAGUUGAAAGAAACAUCAGCCAGCAGAGAAACUGAGCUGGUUUUGAAGGAAAACCGACAACUAAAUGAAUUAGUCGCAACCUUGCGAUGUGAUAUUUCUCAACGCGACCGGCAGAUCAGAGAGUUGGGAGAGAAAUUAGAGGACUAUGCCGUGACAAAUGACAACCUUCGGGAGCAGAAUAUUGAAGGUCGGGAUUUCGCCGAAAGUUUAUUGGCAAUCAACAGAGAACUUAACGAUAUACAAAGAACCACAAACCAUCAAGUACCAGACCUUGAUCAAACGAACGUGAGUCGUAUUUACUAUAAUCAAAGGGAACAACUCAGCGUUGAUCAAUCCCCUUCAGCCAGCUUUAUUAGAGUCAAGGAGAGAGAGAAACAACUUCUAAGAAAAACCGGGACCGUAUGGAGGCAAAUCACAGCUGGCAUAAACGAGCUGGCAUAUUGCCAAAAUAAAUGCAAAGCAAUUAACUUGGAGUUGCAAAAAUCUGCGGAACAGAUCUCGUCAUUGCAACGGACGAUUGAGAGUUUGCGCUCAGAAAUUGCUGAAAAGGAUGCAAGGAUCGCCCUGAUGCAGGAUUUAAAUACGAGUCAGAGUUCUCAGGAUGCCAAUAGUGGACCGGGUACAUCCAGAAGCUGUGCUCACGAUAGGACCAACAGAGGUUAUCGCGACUUCACUCUUCCAAGAUUUCGGUCGAACGCUCCCAAUGAUCGACACAGACAACUGCCAAUAAUCGUGGCAGACGGUGGAGGUGACGUCAGUCAAGAGGAUAAUCAAUCGGUGUCAUCGUCAGACCUUAUUGAGUGUCUCUAUUGCCCGAGAAGCUAUCCAAUCAAUUUGAUUGAAAAGCAUUUACAGGAAUGUAGAGCCUCCAUGAAUGGUUGAUUAAAAACAAUACUGCAUGGAUCAGUUGGACUACGACAUUUUCACUUUUUGAAACGCCACUGGCUAACGUAAAACGCACAACGUUUAAAUGUACCUCGUAAUCGAAGAUUUCCUGCCCACGAGUGGGCUAUAUUAAUACGAGGUACACCUGAAUAAAUCAUGUUUAGGGAAGGAUUAGCCCACCAUGUCGUUUUCAAAAGGUGAUUGGGCGCAGUCUAACUAAUUUCAAUUAGAAUUUAAAAAAUACUGUUUGGAAAGAAAGAUAACUUCAAACUAUGAUAGUAGAAUUUAGAAUGAUAAUUUAGAAUUUAGGAAUAAAAAU